AUGACGGGCACAUCUUCAAACUCUGAAUCCAGCACAAUCACGUCAGUAUCAGGAUUAACAGGAAAUCCUGAUACAACUCCUCCAACCAGUCAUAAACUCAAUGGUCAGAAUUUUUUCCAAUGGUCUCAAUCAGUAUUUAUGUUUAUCUGUGGUCGUGAUAAAGAUGGUCAUCUCACCGGAGAAACUGUGGCUCCUGAUUCUAAGGAUCCAAAAUUUAGGACCUGGAGAACCAAUGAUCAUUUGGUUAUGUCCUGGUUAAUCAACUCUAUGACAACAGAAGUGGGAGAAAACUUUCUUCUCUACAAGACUGCUCAGGAGAUCUGGGAGGCAGCCAAAGAAACCUACUCAAGCACUGAAAACUCCUCUGAACUAUUCGAACUCGAGACUAAGUUGUAUGAUUUGCGCCAAGGUGAUCUUUCUGUCACUCAGUACUUUCAUCUUCUAUCCCGAAUCUGGCUUCAACUAGAUUUAUUUGAGACCCAUCCCUGGAAGUGUGUUGAUGAUGCUGCCAGUUAUCGUUCUGUGGUCAAUCAGAAAAGAACUAUCAGAUUCUUACUUGGCCUCAACAAAGAUUUUAGACGGUGUUCGCAGUCGGGUCAUGGGAACUCAUCCUCUACCUACACCCCGUGA